AUGACCGCGGAUCUCGACACGCGUCGCAUUCGGUCUUCCACACCUGCUGUGCUUCGGGAAUACUACACCCAAAUACUGAAAGAUGCGCCAAUCCAGGAGAUCACGACGCAGCUCCUCUCAGCUGUUGAGAGAGGCUCGAUCUCGCCCCUCACCUUCGCACCAUGGCUCGGCGUAGCACAGUCGCCUUUCGCUAUACGCGAAGCGCUCAUCCAAGAUAAAUCUGUACUUGUCCGCGAGCUCGGCAUCAAGUUUCUGCGCAAGGCACUUCGCUCUUCGCGAUGGAGAGAGACGUGGGAUGGCAUUGGAGGAACUGCUGGGUUGCUUGCCAUCUUUGCAGAUCUCUCGGUGAUCGAAAUCAAGGCUGCUUGUACCGCAAUUGGUCGUUCUGGUAGAGGAGCUGACCUGGAUGCGAAAAGAGAGCUUUUCACGGAAUUCUUCAAAGCGCUGCACCCUGACCAUUUCCCCGAUACCCCGCAUAAGACAAAAGACCGACGUGCACUCGGAAGGUUCUACCGACUCAUCAUUCCUGCAUGUUCGAAGGAGCUCGUGGAGGAGGCUAUCGCGAGCGGGUCGAAGGGAACAUGGAAAGCCGCGCGAAACAAGGAUCUCGUCAAGUACUAUCCGGAGUGUAUGCAAGAAGAGCUCCUCCAAGCGGUGAGCGCGGAACAAUUGCCCAGCGACAACAUCACCAUAUCUACAACGCUAUUGCAUCACCAUCCGCCAGGUAAAUCGACUACAAAAGGCUUCUCCAAGUCUAUGGAGUUCUCUUUGAAACUCUUGGAAACUCUCAGUAAUUCAGCGCAUUCGGUAGUGGAGGACGAGACUUUCAUCGACCAAAUCGUCAACCCUCUCAUGAAACGUGCCAUCAAGAACCGCGCGAACUGGGACAUGAUACAAAGAAUCGUCGAUCUCACGAUGCGGUACUUGGAGAGCUAUCCAAGCACAGGAUGCCACAUCACUGGCAUCAAGGGCGACUUUCUCCAGCAGGUCGCUUAUUGCUGGUCACAACAGCCAAGUUUGUUCGAACAGCAACUGCGGAGGCUCUGUUCUCAUCCAGUGUUCGGCACAGCCAGCAAGACCAAUAUCGAAGACUGGGAUGAUGUCCUUGCAGAGAUUCCAGCAAAGCGGAGCUACCCAUUUCUGAGACUUGUUUACCAAGAGUCCACCUUGCUUGACCUUGACAGCGAUACAGAUCUGAAGAACACCAAGGGUUCGAUACACCACAGCUUUUUCGCGAACUUGUCCCCUGCCGAUGCUCUGAUACUGUUCACUCGUUUGCGAAAAACAAGGGGAGAUGUCGGUCUGAUUGAUUGUGAUCAAAAUGGUUCUAUCUUCAGCCAAACGUCAACUUUUGGAGGUCAAAGUGGCGACCCAGAUGUAUUCCACAUUUGGUUACUGAAUCUGAACAACAAAGAAGAAGAUGCCAUGACGUUGGCCAAUGGCUACAUUGAUGUGCGCAAGAGAAAGGCCGCUACUGCAUCUCAACCGGAACAACGUGCGUUCUUCGCGAAGUCAGUGCUAUUUGCUACUAUUGCCAGUGGAUCUCUCGACAUGCUGAAAGACACAUUAGAGUGGACCAAACGUUUCUUGCGAGAUCCGCUUGUGUCACGGGAGAUCUAUCCCAAGAUAUAUCCCGAAGAAGCCGCACGUCUACUAUCAGGCAUUCCGGAAACAAUCAACAAAAUGCCAACCCUAACGGAGUUGCAAAAACGAGUCGCAAUGGCAAACACAAUCCUGCAAAGAAUGUUCGAUACAGCAUGCGAAGCUCUUAGGGAGCCUUCAUUUAAUGUGUAUGAUUGGGGUGGCAUCUUCGAGCUACUCCACGAUGUUGUUAAACUACGGAUGGACCUCACACCGACUAUCAAGAAGCAGCUCAAUGCCUCUGACAUAGGUAUAUAUUCCUGCAUUUGGGCUGUCACAAUUCCGAUGCUCAUUGCGAUUGAGGAAAAGGCGCAAAAAGAGGAAUUCGCAAGAUUGGAGGCGAAUCAUCCUCGUGGCGUCACUGCCUACCACAGAUCUUUCACUGUUGAGCUUGAAAACUCCGAUAUCUCGACGUAUGUAUUCUUGGACACCCUCGCACGAGCGAGAGACGAACUAUGGUGCAAGCUACGGCCAUUAAACCAUCCUGGAACACUUACGCUUCCUGAACCCUUUCCACGGGGACUUCCAAUACAAUACCUGACUGCACCGUGGAUUCUGAAUGUAAAGGAUCUCAAUGGCAGUUAUGCGCCGUACAUUUCAUCACGUACUCAGCAAGCCAUCUUCCCAGAUCCGAAGACUGCUCUCCAACCCGUAUCACCGGACAAAGACUUUCAAAAGGCCAUUGGGCUAUUCGUAGACAGUCACGAAUAUGCCCUACAGCUUUAUAUACCCAAAGCAUGCGACAAGCUAGGAAGAGAAGCUCGUGUCAAAGAGGUGUGGCAGUAUGCGAUUAGUUCCCUUGCUUCCAGCAGAAUGACAGAGGAGGAAGCCAUGCGCUUUUGGAGCGAUAAGAAGCCAAGCGAUCUGGAUGAGUGGCCGCCCCAAGGUGUGAUGAGAACUAUAGAGAAGCCUUGGCCAGUGAUACCCGAGGAUGACGGUUCGGGUGAGCCGUGUGAAUGGAACCCUUUUGCGUCAAGACCGGAUUUUGCCGAGCGAGAACUUGGUGCACCGACCUAUGUGGACUUCUCCGUGUGCAUAUCGAGACUCAUGGCUUCAAGAUCCAGCGUGAACUUUCCGGUUGUUGAGUCACCGGUUACAGUUCCUGCCUACGAAGAAGAUGCUAGUCUCAUCUGGAGCUCAUCACGCGAUAUGGGUGAGGGUGGCGUAUUAUCGGCUUUGUUGUAUCUCGACACGAAACACGUUAACAGCGACCGUCUACUAGCGACACCGUUUCCUUCGGAAAAAGAUACACGAUAUCCGUCUAUUUAUCUAGAUGAGGAAUUCCUCACCUCGGAGGAGCCGAAUCAGUUCACAGCUUCCAGAGACAUACGUGGUCGUCUCGAUACGAUACCUCCGACAUUGCUAGCACAACUUUCACGCAACCUCGUCAAGGCCCUUGAUCACGCGGACGCAGUUGAAGAAACCCACAGCUAUACGGCUCUGCACGAGGUCGCUAUGCAGCUCAUUGCUCGACUAGGCGAAAGUGAUAGACCUGGUUUGGCCAUGCAGUCAGCUGUCCGUACGAUCUUAGACAGGCCAAAGUCGAGCUCGUGGCACCGGGUCCUACUGAAACCGAGUUUCCUCCGAAGACUUCCGGCCUCGCAGGCCAGAUUCUGCAUUGGAUCUCUUUCUGAUGAGAUCAUCAGCAUGGUACAGACUAAGAAUAUGAAUAAAGAGAGCUCCGCCGAUGGCGAUGUUGCGCGACCCACUGGCGAGCCACAAGUGAAAGUCACUACAGUCAAGAUGUUGGUUCAAAUUUUCCAGGAUCUUGACUUGAACGGAACAGACUACGCUCUUUCAGUGCUGUCGACACUUUCCAUCAUGAACACCCAUGUUGAUGUUCGGCUCAAUAUCGUCAAGAGCCUCCUGGUACUGUUCGAAAAUGGCUCUCGAGAUCAGUCUCGCGCAGUACUUACUCUCCUGGAGUCUUUCAUACCGAUAGCUGGAUCUUUGAACGAAAGACAGCCGCUGGAUGAAGCGCAGUGGUUGCAGUGUGAACAGGACCUCACGCUCCCCGAGAUACAGGCUGGCAUCUCGCUUGAGGAAGGGUCAGAAUCACCGGUCCUGGUGGCUUUGAUCCAAUACUUCUGUUUCAAAAAGAAUGCAACGGUCGAGUUCCAGCAAUUCGUCGAUCGAGUCUUGAUGCCGAUACUGCAGUCUUUGAGAGAUCAAACGACGAGAUGGGCAGCAUUGUUUCUCCGCAAGUACGGGCUUGAAGAUGCCUUGCUCCAAGACAUUCGCAUCCCAUCUAUUCCGCGAGACCCGUACGUGAACAGGCUGCUAUUGAACAUGGACAACGAGAAGCCAGCUCAUGUCCCGCAUGCUAUACUUGAAGAAUAUGUGGAGUACAUGUGCUUUAUCAUCGGACCUCCGGCAGCUUUACGAGCCAUGAAUCAACGGCUUGCCGCUAAUCCUGCACUAGCUUCACUUCCUGAAGUCCAAACAUGGAUACGGCUAUUUGGACAAGACCACAGCCUCCGGAACGGUCGCGUGUCUACAGGCUUCAUUGAACUGCUAGAACACGCAGUGGAUUCUUCCGACGAUACAGUUAUUACACCGAAACUCAUCCAGGAGCAAUGUCUCAAUCUUUUCACAACAUUGGUAUUUAAUGAUGAGCCAACAUACACCAACCUCACGAAAGGCUUCUACAAUAAGUUAUUGAGUGGCAAAUAUAUUGCAGAGUCUUGGUGGUCACAGCACGGUAAACCGAUUCUGAAAGCGAUGGUGUCUUACGUAAACAACUUGCGCAAUCGAGGAUGGGAGCGCGACCCCGCCCGGAAGCCUUCGGUCCUGCCUGAUACUUCUCCCUGGCGUCUUCUCUUGCUCGAUUAUCCAUGGCCGUCACGCGAUGAAGGAGAAGAGACCCGCAAGCAGAAAUGCAUGCUCUUCGCGGGUCAACUAGAGGCAAUCAUCGAUGAGAUGAGUAGCCAGCCAGUCUACCAUCAAGCCCUUCGAGAACUGAAUGCCUACCUUGCUACUGACAUCGUAUCUUCCAAGGGUAGCGGAAGAGCAGAAAAGCGAUUUGGCACAAGCCUAUACAUUUACGAUAAACACGAUCUGUUGCACGAUGCUCUCCAGAACAAUCGCAUCUUGACGGCGAUCUACGUAGGCGACAUUCGUAAGACAAGGUUGAGCUGGUUGACAGCACCGGACCUGUUGAAGGUCGAUGUUGCCGUGACACUGGUCCAACUUGUGGGGAAUGAAGUGAAGGAGGAUCGAGCCAUCGUGAAUAAGGAAACCAGGCAUAAGUUGAAAUUGAUGGUGGAAACUUGGAAGACAUGUGAGAAUGAGGGUGUCCGAAGAAGAGGAUGGGAAAUCGAGGAAAGCUAUCUG